CCGCACCCCGCAUCACCACGCCGCACGGCUCUCUCGCCGUCGCCGGCAAACUCGAACGACCUCUUUUCGCUAACCAACGUCGCAGCCGCGCCGUUUCCCGCCGCGUAACUCCGUACGAACUCAUGAUACUUUACAAUUGUUGUUAAGUACUGUAAACUACCCAUUUCGAGUGUUAUUAUUUUUUUAUAAUGCAUUGAGAGCAAAAAUUAUGUUUUUAAUUUUAACAAUAGAUCAGAAGUAGGGCGAAGGGUAGUUGAGUGAUGCUGGUGAUUCGGGUGAUGGUAGUCUUCGGGGCAUGGGGCGGGGCGACGAGAGGUGCGCGGGCGGCGAGUGCGCCGCCGGCUGCGUAGGCGCACCAUGGACUGCUGUAAGUACGGCGAGCUGCGGCGCCACGGGCAGUACGCGGCCUGGGAGGGCUACGGCUACGCGCCGCCCUACGCACCCUACGCGCCCUACGCGCACGCCUACUGCCCGCCGCACGCGCACGACCCCUACGCCCGCUACUACCGCUACGACUACCCCGCCGCUGCCGCCGCCUCCGCGCACCCGCACCACAAUGAACAUGCUAUGCCUAUGGAUUAUGGAGCGUACGUCAGCAAGGAGUCGCGCGCGCGCAGGACGUUGUCGCGCAGGGACCAGCGCGCUCACACCGCUCAUCACCUGCCACUCCCGCACACGCCGCCUUCGGAAUGCGGCGGGCUGAGCGCCCGCGGCGGUGGCUACUGCGAGCCGCAGAUGUGGCCGCACUACCAGAUGGGCAUGAUGGGCGGUGGUGGCGGGGGCGGAGGCUGGGGCGGCGCUCACGCCGGCGCAUGGGCCUCGCGCGGCAUGUGCUCCAGGGACCAGAUGCGAUACAUUCCCAACGACGCUCGCAUGAUCAAGGGUCCGUAUUUAAGUCAUUCGAGUCAGCUGUGCCCUCCUGAAGGAAGGUCUACACCGUACCCCAUGUACGAAGAUAUGUCGCACGGGGGCGACAGUGGGAAGCAUAACGGCGUACUCGAGUACCCAGCGAGGACCGUGCCGCAGGCUGAGGCGCCGCGGACGAUGCGAGAGUGCGUCGUCAGUUCACCGCGCCGCUCUCCUCCCGAGGAAAAGCGGCCUCCUGUAGUGCCGCUGCCCGCCUUCCAGCAGGCCUUUGGCUCUACCGAGAUCGGCAAGUUUGCGGAGGCCUUCAGUCGCGCCGAGGCGGUGCAUGAGGUCGACGACAUCUCCAACGAGAAUUUCGUGUACGAUGCCUUCCAGGACUGGGAGGGGCCGCCCGAGUCGCAGUGGGCUGCACCACCCUCCGCACGGGAAAUAAAAUGCGAGGAUAACUAUUGAGAAAGGUCGCGUCUCGUGACGCGUUCGGCGUUACGCCUCUUAGCUAAAUUUAGACAAUUUUUAGUUCCACCACCAUGUUGCCAAAGAGUAAGUAGUUCGACUUCGAUCAAAAUAAUCGACGUCGUAGAACUAGGAUGUGAUAACAAUUUUUUAACAUGUACGAGAUUAGUUCGACGGAUAAAUA